UCUCAAAUGCAACAAAUUUCAUUAAAAUCGGCCCAGGGGUUAUUUCUGAAAAACGUUUUUGCGUUUUAAAUGUAUUAGAAUAGGCCGCGUCGGAGUUGAGACCGAGCUAAAGCUUCCUCUUAAGUGUAGUGGUACAAUUUGUGUAGCGGGCAUAACCGAAAGCGAGCAAACCUGUUUCUGCAAGCAACGUUCGCCGCUUAUGAGGAGAAGCAGUUGGAAACUAGAAAUGUUAAGCCUCCUCGGUAUCCUAUGACAAAGAAGCGGGCCUUCCUUAAAUAUCUUUUUUUCAGGAGAAUUCGUUUCUCGUGGUUCAAUUAUCGGCUACACCCAAAUAAUCUAAAUGCUGAUGAGCCGGGUUCUGCUACGGCGACCUAAACUGAAGGUCGGAUCAUGGACGGCGGCAAAUGCUCACACAUCUGGACCUUCUCAGCAUCACUUGAUGUCACAGAGUGCGUCGCAAGCCCCUUACGUAACGGAUGACGGAACAUACGUCUUCACUCAAGGAUCAACGCACGAUGUGGCAAGACAAAUUCUUGCGAAACGGCGUGCAGAGGAUGAAGCAUUCUUCGUCUGUGACGUGCGGGACGUUGCCAAGAAGGUUGACAUCUGGCGCCAGUAUCUUCCCAGAAUCAUGCCUUUCUACGCCAUGAAAGCAUGUCGAGAUCCAAUUGUUCUCGACGUUCUCAAUCGGCACGGUGUCAACUUCGACUGUUCGAAUAAGGGUGAGCUGAGUGCUGUGCUAAAUAUGGGCGUUUCUCCGGAUCGCAUCGUAUACGCCAAUACUGUAAAGGGCUCCUCAGACCUUAAGUUCGCUAAGCAACAUGGCGUCACGCUUAUGACUUUCGAUUCCGCAGAAGAGCUGGCUAAGAUCGAGAACAAAGACGCAAGGUUGCUACUUCGAAUACAGGCCGAUGAGACGGGUUCUCAGCAUUCAUUCAACUCCAAGUUUGGAUGUUCUUUCAACGAGGCCAAAAAGAUUCUUCAAGAAGCGAGAAAUAACGGGACCAAUGUUGUCGGCCUAUCAUUUCACGUAGGCUGUGCAUACCAGGACCCGGUAAUCUUUACCCGCACAAUCGAGCGAGCAAAAGCUAUCUUUGACGUGGCGUCGAGCAUGGGGAAUGAGAUGAGUGUGCUUGACGUUGGUGGCGGCUUUCCUGGAGGUUUGCGAAUACGUGACAAAUUUCUUGAGGUAUGCGAAGCCAUACGUUUGGCGACCGAUUUCCACUUCCCAGAGUCCAGCGGGGUGCAGCUCAUUUCCGAGCCUGGACAGUUCUUCAUUACGUCUGCCUACGCACUCGUCGUCCAGGUCAUAGGAAAGAAGCGCCGCGAGAUCGUGACAAACGGAAAGAGCCAAUCUCACCAGGUCGUGUUUAUCAACGAAUCCCGGGACAACUGCAUAUCACGAAACCUUUAUGACUAUUUGGACGUGAAAAUCUGGCCAUUGCAGGAGCCCUUCGAGAGACCACGCGAUGUCCCGACCACGGUGUGGGGAGGCACGUGCAACCCAGUGGACUGCAUUGAAAGGAAGCCGCUCUUCCGGGUGAACGUCGGCGAAUGGCUGCUCAUGGAUAACAUUGGCGCGUACUCGCUAAGCAGGGCGUCAGGUUUCAACGGCCUGCCGUUUCCGACAGUGCAUUACAUCGCACCGCACGAGAACGCCAGUGCCGUUCGUCGCAUUUUGGAUGCUUCUCCCCUGCGCAGCGGCUUCGGCCAGCCAGAGGGUGUGCUCAAGAGAAGCCUCCUGGCGCAAUGGCGAUGUGAAGCCGCGGGCUGCAAUGAGGCCGCUACAAUGGCGCCAGCAGCGGCUCUUCCCUGCUGAAGCGACCUGCGCACCUGUACAGGAACAACUGACUUCCAUGUAUGCGUAGUUGCUGUUCAAACGUAUCUAUUAAAGCACAUUUUCUCAUAUGGC